GUGCCCAUAGUAAUAAUGCUUUCCAUUCCUACAGAAGCUCAGGGAAACUGCGAGAUCCCGUUCCUGCUACGAGGCACGUGGUUCAGCUUUGAGAAGGGUCACAACACCAUCACGGAUAUUGACGACACAACCAUGUCGGGCUUUGGACAAUGUGUUGCUAUUAAGGUAUACCGCAACGACUACAAGGCUCUCCUCUUCCGCUCCAGCGAUUGUUUCUUCUGUGUCCGCUUCCACAUUCGCACCGUGAACGUCCUGGAGAAGAGUGCUACUGAUGCACAACAACAUAUCCCCGUCGUACGUGACAACAAGCCGUCGCUGGAUGAGGCGUGCGCAGAGCUCGACCGGAAUCAGGGUCUCAUUACCAUGUUUAACGAGAACUACGUUCCCAAAAACUGCCGCUCAGCCAUUGAAGGCGUCUGGCAGUUCGCUUACCAGAACAGAUUCAGUUUCACUGGAGAGUGCAACAGUCCAGAGGCAAAGAUUCAGUCGUGCCAGGAACCUGGCAACCAGUUUCUCAUUGCCAACCAGAAGUUCAAUAUUAGCUUCAAAAAAUGUGAAGGGAUCAAGGAAUCCUUCACUGGAAUCAAGGAAUUCUCCUGCCUGGGUGACUGGUUCAUUGGAAAGAACCACUUCUUCGCGGUGGCUAACACCAAGGAGUCACGGAAGGAUGAAAAAUAUCGCUGCUUCGUCAGGAACAGGGACGACGACCUGUACAUGGGCCACUCAAUUACUCCAGAGUGCUCAGUUCUAAAGACCCCAGAGAACAGCCCCUUCAGGUUUCGGAUGACCCCUGUCAAGCAGGAGACGGUGAAUGCUGGGUGUCUGUUGCCUAAAAACUUCAGCGGAGAGUGGAUGAACACAGCCCAUACGGAAGCCGACGUCUUCAUCAACCAAACACACAUCAUUGAGACGACUUACCCUGAUGAAGGGCGCUUCAGGAGGACCAUCUACGUAUGCAGGGAACAGCGGGACAACAGAUACAUGAUGGCCAGGCUCAACAUUGACGGCUGUCAGAAGGAUUACGUAUGCUUCGAGUUCGUGCCCCGUCACCACAAUAUUAUUAGGUUCCGAAAGGGUCUGGAAAUGAUUCGGGAGGACUUUUCCACCGUCUGUUCGUACCUCCAGUUUAAGAGUGGCAGGGAGUGGAGGUACGACCUUUUGCUAGCUAAGGACCCGGUGGCCGUCAAGUGCCCUGUCGCUGGAAAAUUUAACUUCACGCAGAAGGGAGAGUUGUUGUUCGAGACGCGGAUCCUCGGGGGUGUCACCAAGUCCCCUUGGGAUAACAUCUCUUGCAGGGAGAACAUCUCUGACCUCUCCGUCUGUGACACCGACCAGAAGGAGAUCUGGAUCGACGCACAUUACUGCAUUAGUGUGGAUGCUUACGGCAGACACAUAGAUAUUUAUACUGAUCCUGACUACAAGCUCAAGUGUGCUGGUUACUGGAAAGAAAAUCUCAGGUCGUACCUCAUCACUUACGAUGAACUCGACCCAUAUUCAAAGUACAGGUGCUGGGUAAGUACAGGACUGGCAGAGUACAGGUGCUGGGUAAGUACAGGACUGGCAGAGUACAGGUGCUGGGUAGGUACAGGGCUAGCAGAGUACAGGUGCUGGGAAAUACAGGACGACCGCUGCCCUAUGCACUUUGACGACGGUUCCAAUCCCUGGAAGGAGCCAGGCGCCAGUGUGCAUGUCUUCCAGUUCACGGCUGGCACCGACAUCUUCAGUGCAUCUUUCCUAACAACACUCAUUGCCGUCUUCAUCAGUUGGCUGCUCUCCCUGAAGACCUGAGAAGAAAGAAUGUGCAUGAAUGAGAUCUGUGAUGAUGUAUAACAUUCAAAAACUGUAGAUUUCGUGUAAAAGCUUAUGUUGAAUGUGUGUGUGUGUGUGUGUGUGUGUGUGUGUGUGUGUGUGUGUGUGUGUGUGUGUGUGUGUGUGUGUGUGUGUGUGUGACAUUGUUAACCAGAGCAUAGAUGCUGUUGAAUGUCUUAAUUACACUGGAAUGAAACUGUUUAUAAAUGGUGACACUUGGGCUUAAAUUUAAUGUAAAUAAGAAAUAAGGUAUAGAAUUAAGUAUAAAUAUAAGCAGUAAAUCUUUAUUUUUAAAGUGCAGAAUAAUUUAAGAGGAAUAGACCAAACUGGUGUUAGAGCUAGGAUGAAAAUAUACAAGACAAGCUUGGAAAGUUGGCGAGUAGUAGUCAGCUUCACAAUAAUCCUUCGAGAAUUGAAAGGCAUAUGUUUGUUCACGAGAUGUAUUAUUUUAUUGUGUAUAACAUUCCUCAUUUCUUAUUUCUGUUUAAGUAAAUUCAUCAGUCAAGACCCUCGAAAUUUGUAAGACAGUCUGUCCUAGGACUAUGCAACACUGACGUUCCAAUAAUGUCAUCCGCCAUCUUUGCUCCAUAAAAUGUUACUACUGGACGCAAAAUAAAAACGCACAGUUUAAA